UUUCAAUGUAUCAAAGACGAAGAGAACCAGUUAUUCUCUCUCAUAUUAUCCCUUUCUCUCUCUAAGAUCGCGCUGAGUGGCAUAGCCAAUGGAAGCCGUGAAGGAACCGAAGGUGGUGACUCUGAAGCCAAUCGAAGCCACUCCGUCAACCUUCCAAAACUACGGUCAGGUAGUCGAGGUUUCCCCGGACGGGCAGGAAUUCGGUCCACACGAUGCUCAACUCGACCUCAGCCAUGGAACUCCCAGGUUCUACAUUAUGCAUCUUGAAAAUCGCCCGCUUAAGUUUUCCAGUAUUACACAUCAUGCAAGUGUGACUCAGUGCCUUGGGUCUAUUGGUGGUCAUGUUUGGUAUCUUGGAGUGGCCAAGUCAUCCAUUGUUGAUUCAAAUGAUGAGUCAGGCAAGAAGAUUGUGCAAUCACGUUGCGGUCAUUCCUAUGUGCCUCCUGACAUUGAGGAUGUCCAAGUUUUCAAGGUUGCAGGUUCCAAAUUUCUUAAGCUUAGUCGCGGAACAUGGCAUGCUGGCCCUCUAUUUAAGGCAGAUACGAUGGAUUUUUACAAUCUAGAACUGAGCAAUACAAACGUGAUUGAUCAUACGACACACAACUUUAAGACGAACGACGGAGUGAUAUUUUCAAUUGAUGAGUAACUUUAUAGUUUUAUGAUUAUCUAGGUACCAGCAUUUCAAUUUAUUAUGUAUGCUGUAUAUCGCUAAAUUGACAAAUGUCAGUUUAUUUCUGGGAGCUUCAGAGUUGUGCUUCAUUUGGUGCCUUAAGUCCAAAUUUACAUUUCACUUGUAUAAAUUGUUCUCCAACGAGUUGCAGUUCACGUAAACAACGGAGGUGAAAUUACCACU